AGGCAUUGUUUUGCUCAAGGCAUCCGGUAGUUCUGCGGUUGAACGCAGCCAGAGACUUUCCACUCUAUGGCCCCGAAAGUGGCAAUGAAAGCCUCAAAGUCGAUGAAAGACAUGAAAGCUAUGAAAGCCUCCAAAUCGAUGAAAGAUAUGACACCUAUGAAAGCUGCGAAGUCACGGAUAGCAAACAUGACGUUUGCAUCUGUCUAUCCACUCUACAUCAACAAGGUUGAAAAGAAGGGCCGGACCAAGGACGAGCUUCUGCAGGUCAUCCAGUGGUUAACUGGUUUUGGCAAAGCCAAGCUGCAGGAACUGAUCAAGAGCAAAGUUACUUUUGACACAUUCUUCCGGAAAGCCACCUUGCACCCACACGCCAAGCAGAUCCGAGGCAUCGUUUGUGGUCAUCGAAUCGAGGAGAUAAACGAUCCGUUGACCAAAAAAGUGAGAUGUCUGGACAAGCUCGUGGAUGAGCUGGCCAAAGGGAUCGAGAUUGAGAAAAUCCUGCGGUAGGAUGUUGCAAAAUCCAUAGCUUGACGCAGGUCUGACUCAAUUUUCACACGAAUGCGUGAAAAUGGCCACAUGACGAUCUUCCGUUUGGUCGUCAAAAAUGGUCCAACCCUGAUUUGAUGUUGUCCUCCUUUGUCUUCCCAUGUCCCAG